AUGACUGACACUGAAACAGAAGACAGUGAUGAACAUGCACAACAGUGUUUGGAACUGCCCAGAAGGAGCAGGACCCAUAGGAGGCUUCCUAAUGUUCCCACAAGUCAGAAGACAGAGAGCCUCUCCCUAACUGAAGUCUUAACCCAGUUAUCUAAAAGUGUGGUCCAAGCAUCUAAUGAGCAUAACUACAAAAGACUUAAAACUUUCUCUGGAAUUAUGCCGGUGCCAGCUGGGGAAGAAGGAUUUGUCCUGUGGAAGAGUAAUGUAACCCAAGCACUAAAUGAGUGGACUUGUACUGAAGAGUCCAAACGACUGAGGUUGAUCGAAGGCCUGAGAUCUUCUGCAUCAGAAUUAAUAAAGUAUCACCUACUACGCUUCCCAAAUUCUCCUGCUGAUGAUCUUUUAAAGGUGUUAGACCAUACUUAUGGUGAGGAGAGUGAAGAGGAGGAGCUCCGUUUACAAUAUGCUGCCACAGUUCAACAGGAGAAGGAAACCCUCACUUCCUAUCUCAUACGAUUAGAAUUAAUGCUAGGGAAGUUGUUUGAGAAGGCUGUUAUCACAUCAGAUCAGUUUGAUGAAUACAGGAGGAGGCAAAUCCUAAGAGGGACUUUACCAAAUGAUCCUAUAGCUACAGCUUUGGUCAGCCUUCUACGCGCUAAGGGAUUGUUGGAUUAUGCUGAAACAAUGAAAGAAGCCAAAAUAAUACAUAAACAAUUUGACCAUAUCCUAAAACAUCAGGAAGGCAUAGCGAAAUCAUCAUCACAUGAAACCCAGAAAACACCUAAGACAAAAUUACCAACAGGUGUAUUAAACAAGGAAGAAACCAUAGUUCAAAGCUCUAAAAAGAGUUCUCAAAUCUCUCCUCAGCCAGGGAAGAAAGGAGAAUUUAAAUGUUUUAGCUGUGGGCAAGUGGGACAUAUCUCUACCAAAUGUCCCUUGAAGGAUUCUCUUUUUGCUGAGGGCCUAGUUGUUGACCCAGGCCCGGCAUGUGGCAGACGCUUGAAGAAUAGAUGGUUUGGAAGGAAGAAGUUCUCUGGUAACCACUUGGUUGAGAAUCCUAGAGUAGGGCCAAAAUCCCUUGUAUCUCUUGUGAUUGAAGGCAUCCCUUCUUUUGCCCUCCUCGACACUGGAUCUCAAGUAACAAUAGUCUUCCGGUCCUUUUAUGAGGAGCAUCUAAGCCAUUUACCAAUAUCACCAGCUAAUGAUGUGAAAUUGUGGGGGCUGGGUUCUCAAGCUUACCCCGUCGAGGGCGUAAUUAAAGUACAGAUUGUGAUCCCUCAAUUGGACACUGGGAAAGAAUGCCCUAUGCUAGUGGAGGCUUUGGUGUGCCCAAAUCGAAGUCGUCCUGGGGUUCCCAUCAUAUUGGGGACUAAUACUCAGAUGGUGAGAGAUGUGUUUCGAGUUUACUUGAAGGAAAUGGGAAAUUCCUGCUUAAACAAAUUGAAUGAACUAGAACCAGCUCUGAGGCAAGAGUGUCACCGACUAGCCCUUGAAGCCGGAACAGGUCAGUUCCAUUAUUGGGGACCAACGCCUGUUGACCUUCAACCAGGGGAAAUGAAAUCCAUUACUGCUGUUGCAGUUUUACGGGAAGGAAUGCUAUCUGGGGAGUGUCAGUUUUGUCUAGAGUCUCUUCCUGAAGAGGAUUCAACUAAAGGCUGGACUAUCAUGCCCAAGGUAAAAGACUGGAGAAGAAAAAAAAUUGAUGUGUUUGCAGUAACCAUUCACAAUCGGUCACCAACUGGUGUACGCAUAGAACAUUGCCAGAAGCUGGGAGUUAUCCAUCUUUUGGAAGAAGUAAGGCCCAUUUCAUCUCUGACAGUUGGAUUGAGCCAAGAUUCUCUUCCAGAGUUGAAAUUUGAUUUAGAAGGUACCAGUCUACCUGCAGAAUGGAAAGAUAGACUACAAAGGGCCCUUCAGGCUAGGGAAGAAGUUUUCUCUAAAGGGGAUAUGGAUGUAGGAUGUGCCAUGAGUGCCCAGCACGCCAUUCGGCUAAAUGAUUCUACCCCAUUUAGAGAGAGAUCUCGAAGGAUAGCUCCUCGAGACAUUGAGGAUGUAAGAGAUAUCCUUCAUGAGAUGGAGGAAGCAGGAAUCAUCCAAGAAUCAAGAAGCCCAUAUGCAUCACCUAUAGUAGUGGUCAGAAAGAAAAAUGGGUCAGUACGUCUUUGUAUUGAUUACCGUACACUGAACAAGAGAACUAUUCCUGAUCAAUAUACCUUGCCAAGAAUAGAAGAUCUUUUGAAUGCCUUGAAUGGCAGCCGGUGGUUCAGUGUCUUAGACCUACGCUCUGGAUACUAUCAGGUUCCUAUGAAGGUGGAGGAUCAAGAAAAAACAGCUUUUAUUUGCCCUUUAGGAUUCUUCCAAUUUACUCGCAUGCCUCAAGGCGUUACCGGAGCUCCUGCAACUUUUCAGCGAUUGAUGGAGAGAACUCUAGGAGAUAUGAGCCCUAGGGAAUGUCUAGUUUAUCUGGACGAUAUAAUUGUGUUUGGAAGAACCCCUGAAGAGCAUGAGAAACGACUAUUAAAAGUAUUGGAUCGUCUACAAAGAGAAGGCCUGAAGUUGUCUCUUGAUAAGUGUAAAUUUGCCCAGACUUCUGUGACAUAUGUUGGGCACAUUGUAUCAGCAGAUGGUGUUGCCACAGACCCAGCCAAAGUAGAAGCUGUUGUCAACUGGCCUAGGCCCAACAACAUUGAAGAAUUGCGUUCCUUUUUGGGAUUUUGUGGCUACUACCGCCGUUUUGUAGAAGGCUAUUCAAAGAUAGCCCGAAGCCUCCAUGACCUCCUGAAAGGGGACUCUAGGAAGGGAGCGCAAAGGACUGCUCACUCCAAGGAACCUAUCGGAGUGAAAUGGACUCCGGAUUGUGAAGAGGCUUUCCAACUGCUCAAGAGAAAGAUGACUGAAGCACCUGUAUUAGCUUAUGCUGAUCCCAAUAUGUCAUAUAUUCUCCAUGUAGAUGCAAGUUUUGAAGGACUAGGAGGGGUUCUCCAUCAGGCGUACCCUGAAGGCCUAAGGCCAGUAGCAUAUAUUAGUCGGAGUCUUACUGGAAGUGAAAAGAACUACCCAGUACACAAGUUGGAGUUUCUUGCUCUGAAAUGGGCUAUUGUGGACAAAUUGCAUGACUAUUUGUAUGGUGCCCAGUUUGAAGUGAGGACAGACAAUAACCCUCUCACCUACAUCUUAACCACAGCUAAGUUGGAUGCCACAGGACACCGGUGGCUAGCAGCCCUAUCUAACUAUGAUUUCUCUUUAAAAUACAAGCCAGGUCCUAAAAAUGUGGGAGCAGAUGCUCUAUCUAGGAGGCCUGGAUUACCUGUUACCAAAGAAGAUGAGGAGUGGGUUGAGAUUCCAGGCCCAGGAGUCAGAGCCCUAUGUCAGACCUCUAUUGUGGAAGAUGGAUGGGUCAAUUUUUCUGAGUUAAGAUGUAUUGAUUCUCUUAGUUACACACCCAAGGCAAUUCCUGAAGCCAUGUGCCUUCCAAUUACUAUCCCUGAAUGGUCUGUUAUCAGUUUAGAUGAGAAAAAACAAGCUCAAGCUCAAGACCCAGUAAUCGGCCAUCUCAUAAAAGCUGUGGAAAAGCAGGAUUUCAAGUAUGUAAAGAAAUUGCCUGUCGAACUACAAACCCAUUUUAAAAGGGAGUGGAGUCGAUUCUGUAUUGAGAAUGGAAUCCUAUUCAGAGUCAUACAAUACCAUGAUCACCCUGGUCGAAAACAGUUGGUUCUUCCCCAAAAGUUCAGAGGAAUGGUGCUCAGAUCCCUACAUGACCUCCAUGGCCAUUUAGGAAUUGAUAAGACUUUCGGCCUAAUCCAGGAUCGAUUCUACUGGCCUUACAUGAGAGAGUCUGUGGAGAUGUAUUGCCGAAGGUGUAGAAGAUGCAUCCAGCGGAAGACUUUGCCUACUCGUGCUGCCCCCAUGGGUCACCUAACAAGUUCUGGCCCUAUGGACUUAGUAUGUAUGGACUUCCUAUGCAUCGAACCUGACUCUACUGGUAAGAGCAACGUGUUAGUGAUUACAGAUCAUUUUACUCGAUAUGCUCAAGCUUACCCCACCAAGGAUCAGAAGGCAGCCACCGUCGCUAAAGUGUUAUGGCAGAAAUUCUUUACCCAUUAUGGUUUUCCUAAACGAUUGCAUUCAGACCAAGGUCGAGAUUUUGAAAGCCGAAUAAUUAAAGAAACGCUGAGAUUGUUACAGAUUGAGAAAAGUAGAACGACUCCAUAUCACCCUGAAGGAGAUGCUCUUCCAGAGAGAUUCAAUCGAACUCUAUUGGACAUGCUGGGCACUCUCAAGGAUGUGGAGAAGAGGAAUUGGAGUCAACAUGUAGAAACUCUCGUCCACGCUUAUAAUUGUACCAGACAUGAAUCCACUGGGUUUUCUCCUUACUUUCUGAUGUUUGGCCGGGAGGCAAGGUUGCCCAUUGAUAUCCGUUUAGGAGUGUCUUCUGAUGGUAUGAGCCAUACUUCUCAUAAUCAAUAUGUUAGGAAUCUGAAAGAGAGUUUACAGAGGGCCUAUGAGUUGGCUGAGCGAGCUACCGACAAGAUUAAUGAAAAUAACAAGCGGAGAUAUGACUUCAAAGUACGUUACAAAGACAUCCAACCUGGAGAUAAAGUACUCUUGAGAAACCUGGGAGUUCCAGGGAAACAUAAAUUAGCAGAUCGCUGGAGAGAUACUCUCUUUGAGGUUAUUUCCAAAGUUCCCGGAAUUCCUGUGUAUCGAAUCAAAGGGCCUGAGGGUAGGAUCAAAGCUUGGCAUAGAAAUCACCUAUUACCUAUUGCCUUCUCUGAUGAAAAUUCUAGUUCUGAGGAAGACACUGGUGAAGCCAAUACAAAUUCUAGCAUACAGCCUCUUUCAGAAACUGACUCAGACAACCCUGGAGAAGGUCCCAGUGGGACAUCGCAAACUACUGAUAAAAAAGAAGCUACUGCUUCCAGCCCUGAAAGAGAUUGGUGGACAGUGCCAGAAACACAGUCGGUGCCUCCUACCUCUACUCCCUCUCCUUCUUCCUCCUCAUCCGGAUUGAAUGCUGAGAGUCCCAGCUUUGUUCCCCAUCCACCAGUCAGGGACUCUAACUCUAUGGAAGGAUCUGGGCAACCACAGAGCAACCUGGGGAGAUGCAGAAGAAAUAGGAGACCCCCAAGAUUCUUGACCUAUGAUACCAUUGGGCAACCCACCUAUUCUCAGGACCCCCACACUUGCACUAAAUUAAUCAAUGUAUUGCAUGUUUUGACUGAAAUAUUGAAUGAUAGAACUUCAUUGUAUUAG